CCAGGAGAAGCACUGACCGUCAACUUCCGGGAUGUAACGUCAGAAUACUGCGCUCUUCCGGUUUGAACAUGUGGAAUGGUUGGUUGAACAAAUCCCGCAUUACAAAAACUAUUUAGAAAUCUUUUGAAAAUUAGGAAGCAACGGGUUUGCCACCAUGGGCAAAUUAAACGUCGUUAUCUUGAGGUAUCUGUCCAGGGAAGAUUUUAGAGUCCUCACAGCGGUGGAAAUGGGCAUGAAGAACCACGAGAUCGUCCCAGUAAGUCUGAUUGCGUCUAUUGCCAGUCUCAAACAUGGAGGAUGCAACAAGGUUUUGCGGGAGCUGGUCAAACACAAGUUACUGGCCUAUGAACGCAACAAAACUGUGCAGGGGUAUCGGCUGAAUUACGGUGGCUAUGAUUACCUGGCACUGAAGACAUUUUCUUCCAGGGAUGUUGUUUUGUCAGUUGGAAACCAGAUGGGAGUCGGCAAAGAGUCCGAUAUUUACAUUGUUGCAAAUGCUGAGGGGGAGCAGUUUGCUCUGAAACUUCACAGACUGGGUCGGACGUCCUUCAGGAACUUGAAGAACAAGAGAGAUUACCACAAGCACAGACAAAAGAUGUCAUGGCUCUACCUGUCCAGGCUCUCUGCCAUGAAAGAGUUUGCAUACAUGAAGGCAUUAUAUGAUGGAGGGUUUCCUGUUCCAAAGCCAGUAGACUACAACAGACAUGCAGUGGUUAUGGAGCUCAUUAAUGGUUACCCACUGUGUCAGGUUCGAGAAAUUCAAGACCCUGCUGGAUUGUACAGUGAAAUCAUGGAGCUAAUAGUCAAACUUGCCAGUCAUGGGCUGAUCCAUGGUGACUUCAAUGAAUUUAACCUCAUGCUUGAUGACAACGACCACGUCACAAUGAUUGACUUCCCUCAGAUGGUCUCCACUUCACAUACAAAUGCAGAAUGGUACUUUGAUCGAGAUGUCAAGUGUGUUCGAGAUUUUUUCGUAAAAAGAUUCAACUAUGAAAGCGAACUCUAUCCAACAUUCAAAGACAUCAGAAGAACCUGCUCGCUUGAUGUGGAGAGCUCAGCUAGUGGCUACACCAAGGAGCUGCAGCAGGAUGACCGUUUGCUCCACCCUGAAGGUCCAGAGGGUGAAGAACUCAGUGGAGACGAAGAUGAUGACAUCUCAGAGUCUGCUGACGAUACACAUCAGGCCGCCUUAGAGGACGUUAUCAGCGUAGAGGAGUAUAAACAAGCCAUGCUUGAGCUCGAAGGGCUAAAUAUUAGUAAGGAUACUCCAACAGAAGAGAACGCCACAGAGGAACUUGAGGGAGCUCAAUGUGAAGAGGAGAUCCCCUCAGAGGACGUUCAGAAAGAAACGGUUUCUGACAUUUCCAAAGACUUGGAGGGGGAAGAGGAGAAUGAGGUAGAGGAUGAGUGUCCUGAUUUGGUUGACCUGUCUGCAUCCAACAAAGACUUUAGGCCUUUCAGAGACCAAGUGAGUCUUGAGAAUGAGCACAGGAGGAGAACAACCAGUGAGAUGAGCAUUGGAAGUGUUGGCAGUUGUUCUACUAUACCACCAGAGGUCAUCAGGCAGAAAGUGAAGAGACAGCUCACAAAACAGCAGAAGGCUGCUCAGAGAAGACGUCUACAGAAAGGUGAAGCCAACCUGGUGACCAAGGAGAGGAGAGAAAAUCAGAACAACAUCAAGAGCAGUUUGGAGACCGCUUACUUCUGGGGCUGAGGAUGGCCCUGAAAUCUUUUGAUGAUGUGACUUUAGGACUUCUAACAUUUUUCAGAGUUCUGUAUCUAUGGAAUUAAUAAUAAAAAAUCCUUAAUCCCUGCGA